GUCGACGCAUCGGCAGACGUUGCCGACGACUUCUCGCACGCAUCCGCCGCCAUCAAUGGAUGGAUCUCAGGAGUCAGGGGGUAGAGUUGGCCGGCGUGGAGAUGGUGGCGAUGAGGCAGAGUCGCCACGACUGUGGUCGUCGUCGUCGGCAUGGACCGGCUCACAGCUGUCGUCACAGGGCUCGUCGUCAUCAUCGUCGCGGGCUGGUUUGUAUGGCGGCGCGGAUGCAGACGCGGAUGCAACGGAGUAUGAUGUUGGUAAGCGAGUGUUUGCAUUCUCACUUUACUCGGACACAGCCAAGUUUAUGGUUGGAGCGGUGGAGAAUGCCAAGUUGGUGCGGGAGCUGUUUCCCGGCUGGAUCGCUCGAUUCUACCACGACAAGAGCGUGCCAGCGGCUGUUCUGGAGGAGCUGACAGCGCUGGGAGCCGAGCUUGUAGACUGCUCUGAUGCAGGGAUCGAAGGAUCACAGGCUGGCAUGUACUGGCGAUUUCUGGUGGCGGAGGGCGAGCUGGACGCGUAUGCUGUGCGCGACGUGGACGCGCGACUGAUGGAGCGGGAUGUGGCGGCGGUGAACGAGUGGCUGGUAUCCGGCAAAGACUACCAUGUCAUUCGCGACCAUCCAGAGCACUCACGGUUUCCGAUGUGGACCAUGCUUUGGGGUGGGCGCACACCCAUUCACAACAUACGGGAGCUCAUUGUGAAUCACGCCGACACGCACGUCUUUUUUAACGACAUGCACUUUGUCAACAGCUACGUGUGGCCGCUGAUCAAAGGCUCGGUAUUUGAGCACGACUGCUGGUCGUGUACGACGCUUGGCGGCAAGUGUGUGGACGUGGUGCGGUCGGAGGCAGGCGAGCACAUGGGCGCGGUGUUUGACGAGCACGGCGAGAUGCGGGCCGGCGACGUGGCGAUCCUCAAGCGACGGAUGCCCGAGCCGGCAGCGUGUCGCACGUACCAAACUCCAAAAUGA